AGCAAGCCGCUCGAGAGUGGUUUAGUCGUCGUUGGUCUGCCGUCGAGUAGGGGCAGUCAGUAGCGACAUCUGUACAGUUAUACGAAGAGACGUGCGGUCGCGAUAGGAACGAAAGUAGACGACGAAGGAGUCGUCCGAAUCUCACGUUACGCUAAGAGAAAUCCGUUAUCUUUAUUCGCACGGAAUAAAAUUUCGUUCUUACGUACGUAUGGCGAGCGAAUUCGUUGUCGUCGUUGCUCUCGGUCACGUUCGAUAUCGCGAAGGAACCGUUCGAUAUAUACGAAAAUCUAUGGAAAGUUGAACUCCGUUUCGUUUUUUUUUCCUUCUCUUUUUUUCUUUUUUGUUUUAAUGUGUAGAAUGGACAAGGUAUAAUACAUAAUAUUUCAAUCGACACGCGAUAAUUUUCUCGGCCGUUAAGAGAAGAGAAUAAAAGAAAACGGGGCGGAUUCUUUGUAUCGAAAGUUUUGGAAAGAAAAGGAUCGAUUGUAAAACGGCGAUUUCUCUCUCUUUCUUUCUUUCUUUCUUUCUUUCUUUCUUUCUUUCUUCCAUCUUCUUCCUUACUAACCUAUCUUACCUUUAAAACAAAGGAACAUUUAAAGGAGUGAGAUAGGAACAUUCAACUCGGUAAGAAAACCUUUGUGGAAGAAGAGGUGGAGGAGGAGGAGGAGGAGGAGGAGGAGAAGAAGAAAAGUGUGCUGGAGAAGAUCAUGAUAGACCAUUAUACCGUGAGACGCCAUGACAAAAAAAUGGAUUUUGCACUAAUUGUCUACAACGCUGCGAGAGACGGUUCCCUGCAUCGCCUCAGGCGAUUUUUGGAGCGCCGAGAUAAACAUGAGGUAGAAGUAUUAGUCAGUACUACGACCCAUGGGGCUACACCAUUGGUUAUGGCCUGUAGAAAUGGCCACUACGACGUGGCAGAAUACCUCGUAGUAAAAUGUGGGGCAGACAUAGAACAACCCGGCUCAGUUGUCUUUGAUGGAGAAACCAUAGAGGGUGCGCCACCGUUGUGGUGUGCAGCGGCAGCCGGUCACAUCGAACUAGUGAAGUUGCUAGUACAACGAGGGGCGAACGUGAAUUCGACGACGAAAACAAAUUCGACACCGUUAAGGGCAGCUUGUUUUGAUGGACAUUUUGAAAUUGUUAGAUUCUUGGUCAAGAAUGGUGCAGACAUAGAAAUGGCGAAUCGUCAUGGGCACACGUGUUUGAUGAUAGCAUGCUACAGAGGCCAUAUUGACAUCGCUAAGUUACUAUUAGCUUGGAACGCAGACGUCAACAGAAAAUCAGUCAGAGGUAACACUGCAUUACACGAUUGUGCAGAAAGUGGAUCCUUAGAAAUUCUUAAAUUGCUCGUUCAACACGGGGCUCAAAUGGACGUCGAUUCUUAUGGGAUGACGCCACUCCUGGCGGCUGCCGUAACAGGCAAUACCGAUAUCGUGGAAUAUCUAAUUGGAAUUCCUGAAUUAAUAAAACGCGAGGAACGCAUAGAUGCAUUGGAACUUUUAGGUGCAACGUAUGUUGAUAAGAAAAGGGACAUGGUCGGUGCUCUAAACUUUUGGAAACGCGCCAUGGACGAUAGAUAUCAAAGCGACGUUGUAAUAUCGAAACCAUCGCCUCUACCUCUAGUAGCGGCCUACGACUUUGCUCAAGAAAUAUGCGAACCAGAACAACUGGAUGAGCUAUUGGCAGACCCAGACGAAAUGCGUAUGCAGGCAUUAGUAAUUAGAGAAAGAAUUCUGGGUCCAGCACAUCCAGAUACAAGCUACUAUAUUCGCUACAGAGGAGCCGUCUAUGCCGAUGCAGGAAAAUUUGAUCGGUGCAUACAACUAUGGAAUUAUGCGUUGGAUAUGCAACAGGGGAUGCUCGAGCCUUUAAAUCCGAUGACACAGAGUUCCUUCUUUAGUUUUGCCGAACUCUUCAGCUUCAUGAUCGGUGAGGAAGGUAGACAAACUAGUAGAGGAAGGAGAGUACCUCCUGUGGACAGACAAGAGAUACUUAAAAUUUUCUUAAAGGCUAUAGUAGAAGUUAGAUUGGGCAAGCAAUUAUUAGAUAAAGUUCCACUUAGAGAUCGCGACGUCACAUCUUUAAACAGAAUUUUAUUAAUAACAUUGCAUCUAGCUUGUUUGAUGACGCGCGACAUGCCCACAGAAGGUACAUACGAGUAUGAGGCCAUACAUAAAGCUAUUUACGAAUUGGUUCGAAUCAACGCAAAGGGCAAAGAGGUAAUUAGCCUAUUGCCCCUUAGCAUAUCAGAGGAUCGUGACGCCUUACAAUUAGUACAUAGCGACGACGUCGCUUUGGUAGGAAGGUAUCCGAUCUGCAAAUUUCACUCACCGCACUUGACCACAGCUUUAUUGAAAGUUGGGGCAGAUGUUAACUCGAGAGAUAGGAAUGGGAACACUGCUUUACAUUGGGUCGCCAUGUCGUUACCUUGGCGUCCAGACCUUGCUGUAGCGCUUCUCGACGCAGGUGCUCAUAUCGAUACCGUUAAUAGAGAUAAGAAAACCUUCAAGAGUUUGCUACGCAAUAAGCAAAACUAUUACUCGAUCAGUCCGUUAAAAUAUAUCACGUUGUCGUGCUUAGCGGCUAAGGUAAUCAGAAGGUGGUGUAACGACGAACAAAUCGACGAAGUCGUUCCCGGACAUUUGCAAGAGUUUGUUAAAAUGCAUUAGCUAAUACGAAUACGAAAAAACGAACUGUUUGUUAUCAUCGGAUAUCGCGAAGUUCUCUUCGCUUUAUCGUUUUUACCUAAUAACGUUUUUUCCUUUCUUUCUUUCUUUCUUUCUUUCUUCUUUCCUCCCUCCCUUCCUUCUUUUUUUCUUUUUCCUUUCUUUCCUUCUCUUUUGCGAUAUUCUUAAUAACCCGAAUUAAGCGAACGUUGAUUGAAUCGUAAAGUAGAGAUAUCGGAUGCAUGAUUGAUGAUAACAGGAAUAAUUGUAUUUUAACAACUCUCGCGAAGUAUUUUUCAAAUGCCGAAGAUUUAUGACGCAUUACGUGCCGACAGAGAAAAAAAGUGAAAAUUGUAAAAGAAAGAAAAAUAAAAAGGGUGACAUGACCACAGGCAUGGUCAUAUGAUCGAAUGUAUGAAGUGUGCAGCAUGAUGAUAAACACAAACUCGCGAUGUUUGUGUAGUAACUCUGAUUUCUUUCUUUUUUUUUUCCUUUUCUUUUCUAUUCUAUUCUAUUUUAUUUUAUUUUAUUUUAUCUAAAGAACGUUCGUAAAUUCUUCGAAUUAAUGGUUGGAGAUCAGCGACGAAAUAAUUCAUAGAUUCGAAGAUAAUGUGUUCGAUUAAAGUAUUACGCUUGUCGACUUUAGUGUUGCCAUCCAUGAAUAUUUUUGCCAAGAAUCGAUCGUCGUGCUUCAUAAAAAUGAUACGAGCUUAAAAACAAAUUUGUAAACGUCUUUGCCCAAGUUGAAAGAUCUCUUUGGUAUCGAUAUAUAAUUGACUAUAUAAACGGAACUUUUAAAUAUCGAAUAACACGAAAGUCGUUAAAGAUCGUUGUGAUCAUUGAUUAAGAGAUAUUCGAUUAUUGUGAUUUUCGCUACGCGAUAAACUUGGCAAAAGGCCUUUUCACCCUUCUCCCCUUAUACAUAAGACCCCGCGAUAAAAAAAAAAGCCAUAACUUUUAGAAAAACACCGCGUUGAUAUAUGAAUAUUUUAGCGAUAACGUGGUAAACGUAAUAAUAUUAAAUUAAACUUGUGUACUCUUAGAAAAAGAAAAACGAAUUUUUACCUUCAGUAAUGUAUAAAACGAAAAAUAAAUAUAUGCAGGAUGAGAAAAUUUCUAAUACACGCAUUUUUCCAUGUUAAAGACAUUUGGCGGGAGAUAAUAUUGAUUAGAAAAAAAAAAAGGAAGAAAAAAAAAGAAAUAGAGUCACGUCGUUGAUCACGCACAAAAAAUUUUUCGGAUAAUUUGUAAAAAAGAAAAAAAAAAAUAACUAUUUCGCAAAGUAAUGAGAUAAGAGGACUACGUUAGACGAUGCGUUCGUUCGUUGAUUGUGUCGCUCUUAUUUUUUAACAACCUAUCUAAUAUAUCGAAAUGACGACAUGUCUUUCAUUAAUAUUUUUUCGCUGGAGAAAAUAAGAAAAAAAAAAAAAAGACGAUGAUAUCGCGCGUAUAAUCCAAGUCUGUAACUAUUUACAUGGAGCCUCAUGCUUUUGCGCCAUUGAGAAUACCUUUAUUUCAAAUGUGAUAAAACUUACACGAUAGAUUAAAACUAUAAACAUAUAUACAUAUAUACAUACAUACAUACAUAGAUACGGCAAGAUGCGAGACGUUGUUUAGAAGAGGUGCUUCUUUUUAAUCGACGAACGAUGGAUGCACCUAAUGCAAUUUAGUAUGUAUGUGAUCGUGAGAAAUCCACUAACGAAACAUUUACACUUAUUUAUUUGACUUUUUUUUUUAUUUUUUCUUUUUCUUUUUUUUUUUCUUUUUUUGAGAAAUAUAGUUUUUUUUAUAUACUUUUUAUGCAUUUUCCGUUUGAACGAGUUGUUUUAGCUAGUAGAGUCACAUUCUCACAUAUUUACCUUUUAUGCGGAACGUUGUCUCGAUCCUCUGUGAAAAAAUAUAAUUCUUAUCUUACAUAUUUAUCGAGAAGACUCGAACCGUUUUAUAAUGUAAAGACUGUGGAAAUACAGGUGUGAUAAAAAAAGAAAAAAUAUAUAUAUUAUAUAAUCGAAA